CGAGGGCUUCCCUCCCAGUCCACUGAGGCAAGUACAUCAUCCGCUGUUGUUGUUGUUGACUCAUCAGAGCCAGUGAAACUGGCUCCGGUGAGCAAACAGCCCUUCCACAGCACACCUCCACACAGGUAGGCCUAACUCUAGCCCCGCCCCGUCCCCAGGGGAACCUGUAAGCCCGAAGGUGAGGAAGAGGCAUCAUCGUCGUCUCUCCGUCUUCACAAACCAAGGCAGUAUGGAGCAAUGUUUAAUGGAGCGGGAUGUGAAGAAGAAACCCAAGCCUAAGCCCAAGCCUCGCUCAACACCAGCAAAUGAGGUCAGGGGAAAUGCCGCUGAAGGGCGAGAGGUGCCCAUCCCCGUGGUGCCUCCACGGCCCACUGAUGCUGAAAUGAGUAGGACACAAAACCGGAUCAAGCAGAUGGCGAUGGCAUUUGAGAAGGAGGCCAAUGGGAACUUGACACAGGGAGAGACUAAAGAGAGACCAGCCAGAUCUCCUCUGGUACCAGCCAGACCCACCGCAAAGGAACCGAACGCUACAGUCAGAGACUACGAGCACAGGAGGAUACAAACAGACAACACAGAGAGUUACAUGGCUGAGGAUUGUGACCAAGACAAGAAAUCUGAAGAUGCGUCUGGCAAACAGAUUCCUGGCAAAAAGACUAGCGGUGAGCCCAGUCCAGAGUCCUGUGUUGAAGAACCAGGCCCAGCUGACCAACAGUCCUCUGACGACCCAGAACAGGACAGGCACACAGAACCCAAACAAGAUAAAGGAAGUCUUAUAUCCGGGAUGUUCCGUAAAACACCGAAGGAGAAAGUACCCCCUGUGAUGGUCAGCACAGCAGGCAGUGAUACAGAUGAAACAGGGAAUGCGUCCGAACAUUCCCAUGAGAAGGGAGGUUUCUUCUCUGGCAUCCUUAAAAAAUCCCACAAGCCAGCCAAUGAGACACCUGCCCAGGACAAUCUGAGUGUUCACAGUGAGCUGUCAGCCAGCAAUGACAGUCUCUCUGAAAACAACAGCAACAGUAAGGAGAAGGGAGGUUUCUUCUCUGGCAUCCUUAAAAAAUCCCACAAGCCAGCCAAUGAGACACCUGCCCAGGUGAGUAACUUUGGUUUGGAGGCCCAAAAGUGCCAUUCCUCCUCUGAAAAAAUAGUGUGGUGUUUGGUGUUUAUGUAG